AUGAAAAUGUCGAACUCUACAAAUUUAAAGCCUGACCAACGAAUGAAAAUAAUCACAACAGGUAUGCAAAUUGAAAACUCAGGACGAAAAGUUACGUAUGUGGAAUUACCAAAAGAGACAAGUUUCAAUAAAAAAACUUGUAAGCGUUGGUGGGAUCGAAAAGAUUUACUGUUGAAAAGAGGAACAUUAUGUGAUCGUAAAAAAGGCAAAUCGGGUGGUCCAAUUCAACAAUCAUUUUCAAACAAACAAGAAAUCGAUCAUGCAAUCACUGUAUGUGAAAAUUUGCAAAUUGGACAACAUUUAAAAGAUGCUGCAGAAAAAUUAAAAUGUGCGAAAAGUACCUUAAAGAAGCAUUUAAAAAACAAAGUUACAUGGAAAAAACCACCAAAGAAAGAAAAAAAUCAUAAUAAUUUUGUUUCUAUCAAAAGAAUUAAAUUUGCUUGA